AUGAGUAGUGUAAUAGAUAAGAAACAAAAAGAAUUAGAAAAAUGGAAAACUGACCAUCGUUGUGAUAAUCCUAAUAAUGCUGAAUUAAACCAAGCAAAAGAUGAUUUAAAAAAAGAAAAGGAAGAGAAAGAGAAAUUGAAUAUUGCUUUGGAACAGCAAAAGCAAUUAGUUAAGAAUAAAAAAGAUGAAAAAGGAGGUUAUGGAUUAUUGACCCUCUCUCUUGUGGGAGUAGGGUAUAAUAUACUAUUUUACACCAAUUUAAUAAAAAAUAAAAUGAGUAAAAACGAAAAAGAAUUAGAAGAAAUAUUCCAAAAAGGAGUUCACAAAGGAUUUACAGAAGCAGUUAAAUUUAUCUGCCAAAAGUUUCCUUUUAUGUUCGAUACAAUAAAACAAAAGAUUAAAGAUGCAGUCAAGACAAAAAUAAAAGAAAUAGUGGAGGAAGCGGAUAAGAAUGAGGAAGAAGGGGAAGCGAAACCUUUUAUUGUCUGUUCUCAAUGUCCUUCUUAUGGCAAACAAGAUCAGCGAAUAUUAUUGCCAUGCGAUGAACUGGAUAAAAAUAUUAAUUUCAAUCAGAGGGUAAAUGAGUUAUUGCUAGAGCAUAAUGAAAAAUUAAAUGAAAUUUCAACUAGAGUUUACUUAGAAGUAAGAGAAAAUAGCAUGGUCAAGUAUAUUCCUGAAUAUGACUGA